AUGAUCCAAUCUAAUGCUAUUGAGCCACUCGUCGUUCUGGGCAAGAACGCACGCGGCAAAAGCAGGGAAGCACGCACGGAGUACACGGCCUCGAACCCGACAAAACUGCAGGUCACCGCAGGUCAUGAGCAGGUAGAGUCACCCGUUGGCUCGCCGCUUGCGCGGAUUGAUUUCGGUGGGCUCAGCGGGCGAUCGGUACAUGGCCAGUACCUGACGCCAUCGACUUUUGCCCACCCCCUCCCCUCUUCUCCUCAGCGAUUGCUUCAACAAAUUUCCAUCUUCUUACCCAAGUCAAUUGAGCAAUCCCGCCCAAUUCACUUCACCGUUGCGGCCCUCCCAGCCUCGCCAUUGGCUGAUCUUCCUUCUCCCGUCUGUUGGCGCCACCCCCGAGACGUCUCGCGUGACACCUUCUCUCAUUUUGUCGCCUCUCGCCAUCCAUCCAUCAAAAUGACUCGUUCUCACAAGUACAACGACCGUGACCACAAGGGCAUUGCCGAUGGCAGUGUCUCUCCAACAGAAAACCUGCCUCGCUUCUUCGCCAAGAGCGGCUACGUUGAUGUUGACCCCAAGAAGGUCAAGAAGGACGGUUGUGGUAAAGGCAACUGGGGAAGCGCCGGCGAAGAAGUCGUGGAUGAGGGUUUCCGCUUCACCAAUGCCCGCCGCCGCUCCAACAGCUUCUCCCACCAACAUCUCUCUGACUUCAAGACCAAGUUUGAGGUGAAUGAGGUUGACCCUCUCUUUGAGGAGCAUCUCCACGGACCUCUUGAUGAGGAGAACGGCGAUGACCUCUCCAAGACGGACUCGGCCGAGAGUGUCCACUCCGUCUAG